AUGCAACUCCGCGAGAGAAAGCUCGCGGGAGCUUUUGACAACCAAGGCUCGCCGCACCAUCUGAAGCCGCCUGUGACGCCUGGCUCUUCAUGCUCCUCAGUCAACGAGUGUUCGCGGCGGGCGUCCCAUGACUCCAACGCGGCCUCGGUUUACCGCGAACAUGCAGCCCACUAUGCGCAGAAGUUUCGAGCCGCCAUCGACUACACGACUCGGGAGGAACCUCGCCAGAUUCUGUGGGGUUUUAUUCUUGUCCUGAGCUUGCUUCUUCUCGGGUUCCGUGACCAGCUGCUGCCGUCUUCUUCUCAGGUGAACCUGGUGCACAGAGGCGCCGGAGAAGCUGUUCAGCCCACGGUCUCGCCAAGUGAGACUGCUGUCGCUCCUGGCGCAAAACUUCCUGGAAAUGAUGCCACGGUGAAGUGCACCGCGGGUUCGCGAAAGAAGAACGACAACGAAGAUGUUGGAGCAGAUGGGGGUGACGAUCCGAAUGAAAGCUGUCAGCGGGCUACACCAGAGGCUCCUCGUGUAUCUGAGCAGCAGUCUUCUACGUCCGGUCGUACUCAGGUUGCUCCUUCGGUGUUUUCUUCAAUCUUUGGUGGUUCGUCCUCGGCCUCUGUCUCUUCUCCUCUGAGCACGAAUGUCAGGCGAGUGGUGACUGGGCUUCUUGUCCUCGUCUGCCUGUACUGUUUCCUCCAGGCGAAAGAUGGUUUGCUCGUUCGUCCACACCCUGGUUUCUGGCGCCUGGUACAUGGCGUUUGCCUGGUUCACUUGAUUGUUAUGGUUGUGCUUCUGGUCCUCGACGUGGAGACCGGACUACUUGUUUUGGAGUUGUUGUUCCCAGAAAUUGCAGGGAAAAGGAAAGAAAUUUUUGCAGGAACACUUGUGCUUGAUUGCCGAAUCAACGGAGACACGAUCAAGCGUCAGUUAACGAGUGUGUGGUUCAUCUCGCAUGUUGUUGGUUGGCUAGGGAAGAUGGUCAUUCUCAGAAAUUGGGGUCUUUGUCUUCUUUACUCCAUCUUCUUUGAAUUAGGAGAAUUGUCCUUCCACUGGCUUGUCCCAGAACUUUGCGAAUGCUGGUGGGACAGUAUCUUCAUAGAUGCUCUUCUGUCCAAUGUAAGCGGCAUGCUUCUGGGGGCCGUCUUCAUGAAGUUUAUCAACAUGCACCAGUAUGACUGGCUAGGCCGCCAUCCGCUGUACCAGAAGGUCUUCAUGAGUUUGACUCCCUUUUCUUCCGAGGGCUAUGACUGGAGCUUCUACAAGACCCCACGGCACCUGUUCCUGUCCAUCGCACUGCUCACGUUUUGCGUUUUCUUGGAGUUGAAUGUCUUCUUCCUUAUGGCCGCGCUUGAUAUCCCUGCAACCCACUAUAUCAACCCUCUCCGAACGCUGUACCUCACUCUACUAGGCGCUGCGGCCGCCCCCGAGCACUACGAAUAUACCAUGUUCAGUCGAGAGAGAGUUGGCCACAACGAAUGGUUACUUGUUGUGAUCCUCAGUGUCGAAUUGUUGGUGUGUGUCAAGUAUGGGGCAGGCCGGUACAACGCCGAGACCCCUCCCCUCGAUCUAGUUAUACCGUGGGUUGCUGCGCUCAGCCUCUUUGCUGCAUGGUGUUACUGUUACUUUUCGACGGCUGACCUCCGCGGGAACAAUGGCGAGGAAGGGAUCAAGGCGCCUGUGUCCCACGCACGAAGAGGGGGAGAAGAAAUGGAAAAUCUGGCAGAAGAACCGAAAAAGACAAAACGAUCAGAGAAGCAUCGAGUGCAUUCCUGGCAAGACCAGGCCAAGCUGCUUGUCAUUACAGUGCCUCCUCAGGCGUGUUUUAUCCCUCUGCUGUAUCUUAUGAAAUUCUACUUUUACGACUACGUCAAAAUCGAGCGCAAUCAGUGA